GAAACGAGAGGGAAUGAGUAAAAAGAGGGACAAAAGAAAGAAUGAAAAAAGUUUAACUGAGAAGAAAAAAAGAGGAAAAGUGAAACCAAGGCAAAGAGAGAAAGAGCGACACCGGUCCAGAAAGCGGAAGGAAGUGCUUUGACUGUGCUUUGAGAGAAUAGAGUAAAACUGUACUGGUGGCUUUAGGUGGAAAAAGAGGAAGAGGGAACGUUUAUUAGUGUGUGCAGAGAAAAUACCAAAGGUCUCUCGUCCGCUGCUUAUCGUCUGUUUAAUUACACACGUGUCAUGGAGGAGGACACACAGGUUGCCAGGACCAUAGAGCUGAAUGAUGGCACACGCAUGCCCAUUCUGGGUCUGGGGACAUGGAAGUCUUCCAGUUUGCCCUACACUCCAGUCCAGGGGGCAGUGGAGACCGCCAUUGCGGCUGGCUACCGCCACAUUGAUACGGCCCACAGCUACCGCAAUGAAGUGGAGAUUGGCAAGGCAAUCCACUCCAAAAUACAACAGGGGAUUAUCAGACGUCAGGACAUGUUCAUCGUCAGUAAGCUAUGGUGUACCCAUCACGACCCAGAAAACAUCCCUCUGUGCCUGAACAAGUCUCUGAAUGACCUCCAGCUGGACUACCUGGACCUGUACCUCGUGCACUUCCCUGUUGGCCUGAAGAAAAUGGAAGAUGAGCUUUUCCCAAUGAAGGAUGGAGAAAUGCUGACAACUGAUGUUGACUAUUUAGAUGUGUGGAGGGGGAUGGAGGCCCUGCAGGCCUCAGGCAAGGUGAAGAACAUCGGUGUGUCCAAUUUCAACAUUCUCCAACUAGAGAGACUCCUGGCUCUGGCCAGGGUCCCACCUGCUGUGAAUCAGGUGGAGCUCCAUCCCUACCUGGUGCAGACAGAACUGAUAGAGUUUUGCAAGUCCAGGGACAUCGCCCUCACUGCCUACAGCCCUUUUGGCUCCCCUGCGAGAGGCCCCAAUCUUCACAGAGGAGACACUGAUCCAGAGAAGCUUCUGGAAGACCCGGUCGUAGGAGACAUUGCCAGAAAACACAGACGGAGCCCUGCACAGGUAUUGCUAAGGUACCAUGUGCAGCAGAGGAUUUCCGUUAUCCCCAAGAGUGACAAACCUCAUCACAUCCUUGAAAACACAAAGAUCUUUGACUUCAGAUUGACAGAUGAAGACAUGGCGGCGCUGAAAGGACUGAACCGAGGGUGGAAAGCCUGUGUCCUGAACCAACUCAAGUCUCAUCCAUACUACCCCUUUGAAUAAAGCCGCCGCGGCAAGCAAGAGGUUGAAAGAGAAACACAACCACUGGAACUGAAACAGGUUCCUGCCAUGGCCUGACCCCUGCCGGCUCUCCCUGAUCAUACUGCCACCAUCAACAGGACUUCACAUUGCUGUUUACCAUCCUCCUGUCAUGUAAUCUAAACGGCGACUAGUACAAAUACACUAAGAAAUGUGGGAAAUGUUGACAAUUGAAAAUGUAAAUGGAAAGAGCCUUACUCUAAAUUUCUGGAUGUUAAUUCAAGGGAGCACUGGCAAGAUUACUGCUAUAUACUUACCUGUAUAGUAGAUGGAAAUAUGAAACAAUAUUAAACUGAUCUUUCUGUC